GCAAAGCUGUGAAGUUGCUCCCAUCGAUCUGCUUCUUUCUCCAGCAAAUCCACGAUGAAGCUCGUCAGGUUCUUGAUGAAGUUGAACAACGAGACUGUCUCGAUCGAGCUCAAGAACGGCACCUCUGUUCAUGGAACCAUCACAGGUGUGGAUAACAGUAUGAACACACAUUUGAAGACGGUAAAAUUGGCAGUGAAGGGGAAAAAUCCAGUUACUCUUGAUCACCUCAGUGUUAGGGGUAACAACAUCCGGUAUUACAUUCUCCCCGACAGCUUGAAUCUUGAGACUUUGCUAGUGGAGGAGACACCUAGAGUCAAGCCCAAAAAGCCUACUGCAGGGAAGCCUAUGGGACGUGGUCGGGGACGAGGACGUGGCCGCGGUGGGCGUGGACGUGGGCGUUAAUAGCGUCGUGCUGGUCCUGUUCUCUAAAGCACCUGACUGACUAUGUGAAAACGUGGUAUUGUAUUGAGUGGCCGAUGAUAUUGAGGCACAAACAGCGUUACCCACAAACUCUUUCAUAUUAGUGUUCCUAAACAUAGACAAAGCUUUGUUUACUAUAUUGAUCUCGGGUACAGUUGCUUUCCUUGGAUUCUUCCUCUCGGCAAUGAAUUUGUUUUCCAUUUCA